AUGGCCGUACCAAUCCCCUUCUCCGACCCGUCGUGGCUGAUGGGCCUCCCAUCAGCACACUUCAACGACUCGCACCGCAAAUGGCACGCUGCGAUCCGGCCAUUCAUUCAAAAGCACCUGAUCGAGCGCUCAAUCGAGUGGGAUAAGAGCGAGACGCUGCCGGAGCACGUCUUCGCCGACUUCGCCGCUGCCAACAUGCUGAUACCCGCCCUCCCAGCGCCGCUACCCGUCGCGUGGCUCAAGCGCCUCGGCGUUCAUGAACUGCUCGGCGGCCUCAAGGUGGAGGAAUUUGACUACCUGCAUUCGCUGAUCUUCGCGGAUGAGAUGGCGCGGGCUGGAGUGGCGGGGCCGUCGGCCAGUCUGACGACUGGCAUGGCGUUUGGCGUGCCCCCUAUCCUGAAGUUUGGGAGCAGGCAGUUGCAGGAGAGGUUCUUGCCGGAUCUCCUGCUGGCCAGGAAGAGGAGCUGUAUUGCCAUCACCGAGUCGGAUGCGGGCAGUGACGUUGCGGGCAUAACCACUACAGCGGUUAAGAGCUCGGAUGGCAAGCACUACAUCGUGAAUGGCACGAAGAAGUGGAUCACGAACGGAAUCUGGGCGGAUUAUAGCAGCAUGGCAGUGCGAACCGGCCCGCCCGGCUCAGGGGCAGCCGGUCUUUCCAUGCUCGUCGUUCCCCUGAAGGGCUAUCCCGGUGUCACGAUGCGGCGUCUCAAAGUCGGUGGCCAAGUCUCAGCCGGGACGACGUUCAUCGAGCUCGACGAGGUCAGAGUCCCCGUGAAGAACCUGAUCGGAGAAGAAGGCAUGGGCAUGCGCUACGUCAUGACCAACUUCAACCACGAGCGGCUCUCGAUCGCCGUCGGCGUCACCCGCCAGGCCCGGGUGGCGCUGUCGGCGGCGUUCGAGUACGUCAUGAAGCGCGAGGCCUUCGGGAGGCCGCUGAUGGACCAGCCGGUCGUGCGCCAUCGCCUGGCCAAGGCCGGCGCGCUCCUCGAAAGCCAGUGGGCCUGGGUCGAGCAGUUUGCCUUCCAGAUGACGCGCAUGGCGAAGGACGAUGCUGACCGCGAGUUGGGCGGGUUGACGGGGCUGUUGAAGGCGCAGGCUGGUAUUGUCCUGCGUGAGUGCGCUGAUACGGCUGUGAUCCUGUUUGGCGGCAAUGGGUACACCAGAAGCGGCCAGGGCGAGCUGGUUGAGAUGAUAUACCGAGAAGUACCGGGAGCUAGAAUCCCCGGCGGGUCAGAAGACGUCUUGUUGGAUCUCGCGGUUCGUCAGCUGGUGAAGCUGUUCCAAGCGAAAACCAAGGCAUUGGACCAAAGUCCUAGAAUCUAG